AUGCCGGUUUCCAGUGGAAACCAGCAACAGCCAGGAGCUCACAAAAGGUGCAGCUGGUUCCUGCUCUUGCCCCGGGUAAUUUUAAGGAAGGAGUAUGCAGAGAGGCAGGGUGGCAGCAGCCACAGGUGUGAAAGCAGAGAGCUUGAUGUUGAAAUUAGGAACCUGAUAGAGAAGAAUACCACUUCGCAGACGUGUGAGGACCCUGAACCUGUUGCCCAAGAGAGUCCGAACCCUCAGAGAACUUUGUGUUCCCUUAAGACCGGCAGCGAACCAAAAGCUCAGAGCCUUCUUGGAUGCGUGUGGGCAGGCGUGAGUGACAUGGAAGCUCCAGCAGACCCACUAGAAUCGAGGCACACAUCACUGACCAAAAAGAAGCCUGUAUCAGUCAAUUCCCUGGAACAACAGAUCCUCUCACUGGGAAAACAGAGACGAGAGCUUCUGGAGGUGAACAAGCAGUGGGAUCAUCAAUAUAGGAGUAUGAAGCAGCUUUAUGAAAAACAGCUGGCAGAAAUGAAAGCAAAACUGGAUGUGUCGAUGAGGAGAGUCAGUGAGCUGGAGGAGCAGAGACAUCAACAGCAUCCAGGAGAUGAGCGGUUGAGAGCCCUGGGCAGAGAGAAGCCGUUGCAGGAAAUGAAAGAAGCAAAGGUCCUGAGUGAAGUUCUGCAUGAAAUGAAGGAAGAGAACAAGCUCCUGAAGCAGAAGAAUGCCUCGAUGAUCAGAAAGCAGGAAAGCUACGAGUGUGAAAUAAGUCGUCUCAAUAAGGCCCUUCUGGAUGUGUUGAAAAAGCAGCACACUGCUGCUCUUGGGACUCCUUCAGAAAAGGGUGACGGGAGCAGCCUUGAGGACAUGAGAACCCAACUUGAAGUUCUCAAACAGCAGGUACAAAUAUAUGAAGAAGACUUCAAAAAGGAGAGAUCUGACCGAGAAAGACUUAAUGAGGAGAAAGAAACAUUGCAGAAAAUCAACGAGAGAUUACAGGCUCAACUGAAUAAACUCAGCUCUCAGACAAAAGACCUCCCAGCGCAGUCCGAGAGGCCCAGCUACACACCUCCGAUCACCAUGUGUGAAUUACGGGAGUUGUGGCCAGACUAUCAGUGGUAUGUUCCUGACCAGUUUCCGCCAGAUGUGGAACACAAGGCAAAUG